AUGGCGCAACCCACGGCCUCGGCCCAGAAGCUGGUGCGGCCGAUCCGCGCCGUGUGCCGCAUCCUGCAGAUCCCGGAGCCCGACCCCUCCAACCUGCGGCCCUAGAGCGCCCCCGCCGCCCCGGGGAAAAGAGAGAGCCAGCGCGCUGAGCAGAGAGCGGGAGAACGAACGAGUUCUCGCCCGCCGGCCGGGAGGCCCCGGAACCAGCCCAUGGGGAGAGGGCACCCGGCGU